CACUGGGAUUCUGGACGAGGGUCCAAUUUGGACUUUCAUUUCCGGACUCAAAAAACACUGUCCUGCAGUCACCCUUGGCUCAUAUCCUGCGCAUCUCAGUCAGUGGUUGGACAUCCAAAGUCAGUCACAAGGAAAAAACAACUUGCUAAGCAAGAGCAAGAGAUUGCCAUCACUCGAGCCAUCAAUGAGUACCGUACCGAGCAGAGAAAAGAUGAACCCACAAAAAGCCUCCGUGCAAUCUGUCGAGAAGUUCAGGAGAAGUAUCGAGCAGAAACUGAAGAACGCGCGAAGAUAUCUGGAGAAGCAUCGGCUUGCGUGGAAAAAGCCAACACGAGGUAAGUUGGAAGCGCCGUUACCUAAACCGGUAGUUGCGGAGGGCACUGCAGGUGACAAGCUUGAUGUCGACGAGGAUGAGCGCGAGAAUGCCAGUGACGAGGAUGAAGAGGAGUAGUAACUAGCCUGAGGAUCGUUACGG